UAUUGGGAAACAACGAGAUGCAAAAAGCAACAUACUACGACAGCUCUGCAAUUUUCGGUGGUUACACAUACCAAGGAGCAAAUGGUUUUAACUACAAUGCCAAUCAGCAGCAAUAUCCGCCUUCAUCCCAUGUGGAAAACGACUAUCACCGGCCUGCCUGCUCUCUGCAGUCACCUGCUAGCACUGUCCCUCAUCACAAACCCAAUGAUAUUAACGAGAGUUGCAUGCGAACCAGUGCCAACCAAACGAGCCAUCUCCCAGUUAUUGCCGAGCAACAGAAGCCACCACCACCUCCACCACCCCCGCCCCCACCCCCACCUUCUGUAUCUCCACCCCAAAAUACCAGCAACAACUCGACUCAAUCCAGCACAAGCAAAAAUCCCACACUUACCUCACAAACCACCAUUAGUAAACAAAUAUUCCCUUGGAUGAAAGAAUCACGCCAAAACACCAAGCAAAAGACCAGCAGCUCUAGUUCAGUUGAAAGUUCUGCUGGUGAGAAAAGCCCACCUGGCCCUGCUUCCAAAAGGGCACGCACAGCAUACACCAGUGCCCAGCUAGUGGAACUGGAGAAGGAGUUUCACUUUAACCGCUACCUUUGUAGGCCCCGGAGGGUUGAAAUGGCCAAUUUGUUAAACCUUACUGAAAGACAAAUCAAAAUCUGGUUCCAGAAUCGGAGAAUGAAAUACAAGAAGGAUCAGAAAGCAAAAGGCAUGCUCACUUCCUCUGGCGGACAGUCACCAUGCAGAAGUCCCAUCCCACCUUCAGCUGCAGGAGGAUAUGCAAACUCGAUGCAUCCCUUGGCAACCAGUGCUCCAUAUGAUCCUCACUCACCUACUUCAUUUGGCAAACCUCAUCAAAAUGCAUAUGUCAUUCCUACAUCUUAUCCUGGGCCUCUCAACAAUUGCCCGCCUCUACAGAAGAGAUAUGCUGGGACAACAGCUGUGACGCCUGAAUAUGACACACACCCACUUCAAGGCAAUGGCGGCUAUGGGACGCCUCAUUUACAGGGUAGCCCAGUGUAUGUUGGAGGGAACUUUGUAGAAACCAUGCCAAGCUCUGGGCCUUCUCUUUUCAGCCUAACCCAUCUUGGCCACCCUCCUUCUGGGAAUAUGGACUAUAAUAGUGCGGGGCCAAUGACCAGCAACCAUCAUCAUGGACCUUGUGACCCACACCCUACAUACACAGACCUUUCUUCGCACCAUCCGUCUCAGGGAAGAAUUCAGGAAGCACCCAAACUGACCCAUCUGCUAACACCUAACUUUCUUCCCCUACGUUCUGUGGAGACGGCAAUGAAUUACGAAUUUGAACGAGAAAUUGGUUUUAUCAAUAGUCAGCCGUCGCUUGCUGAGUGCCUGACAUCUUUUCCCCCUGUCGGUGAUACAUUUCAAAGUUCAUCAAUCAAGAACUCGACGCUUUCACACUCGACAGUGAUUCCUCCUCCUUUUGAGCAAACCAUCCCUAGCCUGAAUCCCAGCAGUCACCCUCGCCAAAGCCGGCCAAAACAGAGCCCAAAUGGCACAAGCCCUUUACCAGCCGCGACUCUACCUCCGGAAUACCCCUGGAUGAAAGAGAAAAAAAACUCCAAGAAGAAUCACCUGCCUGCUUCUUGUGGACCCGCAGAAUCCUGUCUUUCCCAAAAAGAAACUCAUGAAAUUCCGGAUAAUACAGGCGGGGGAUCGCGGAGGUUAAGGACUGCUUAUACAAACACACAGCUUUUGGAGCUGGAGAAAGAAUUUCACUUCAACAAGUAUCUGUGUCGACCCAGGCGGGUGGAAAUUGCAGCCUUGCUUGAUUUGACUGAAAGACAAGUGAAAGUGUGGUUUCAAAACAGACGAAUGAAGCACAAAAGACAGACCCAAUGCAAAGAAAACCAAAACGGAGAUGGCAAAUUUAAGAAUUUGGAGGACAGUGGGCAGACUGAAGAUGACGAAGAGAAGUCACUCUUUGAGCAAGGCAUCAACAAUGUUACUGGCGCUCUCUUGGACAGGGAAGGCUAUACUUUUCAAACCAAUGCACUGACUCAACAGCAGGCCCAGAAUUUACACAAUGGAGAAUCCCAAAGUUUUCCAGUUUCGCCUUUACCCAGCAAUGAGAAAAAUCUAAAACAUUUUCAUCAACAGUCACCCACUGUUCAAAACUGCCUGUCAACAAUGGCCCAGAACUGUGCAGCUGGCCUGGACAAUGACAGUCCAGAGGCCCUUGAUGUCCCUUCUUUACAGGAUUUUAAUGUGUUUUCUACAGAAUCCUGCUUACAGCUUUCAGAUGGAGUAUCGCCUAGUUUACCCGGGUCUUUGGACAGCCCUGUGGAUCUUUCUGCAGACAGUUUUGACUUUUUUACGGAUACUCUAACUACAAUCGAUUUGCAGCAUUUGAGUUACUAACUGAACAGUCGCUGUAAGGAAAAUAUGCCUUCUUUUAAAUGCGUUUCCUUUCCUUCAUUUUCUUUCAAAUGGUCAGUAUUUUUUUUCCAUUUUAAUUAACUUGAAUGUGUUGAGGACCACGUAGAAUUGCAAAAAUCAAUGAUCAUUGUUGUACUUUCCCCCCAUAUUUCACAACUUGCUCUUCAGCAAUACAUGGGUCCACGUGCAAAUUAUUUCAGACAUAUUGACCAAUCGCUCUAUUACCUCUUUUACUUUGUAUUAUGUUAGGGUGCAUUUCCAUUAAUAAUUUGAUAGAAUAAAGUAUUAUACGCUACAGGUAGCCACCCUGAAGCAUUUUCUCUCUCAGGACUAUUUACACUUAAUAAAUAUCCUUUGUUUUCUUUUUGACAUAAAUUCAUUAAUGAAAUC